AGCCUCGCAUUGAGAGUGAAGCGGAGUCUGAGUGCUGAGGGGGCGGGGUCGGAGUCGGCGGCUGCUCCAGGGUUCUGUCCCGGCACCCAGUCUACCAUUCCGUCUGUCCGCCUUUCGUUUGGUUGACUCGUCCGUGUGUGCACAGGCGCUGCCGCCAUGGACUCGUCGUCCGGCCUGGAUGCUUCACUUUUGAUUGCGGUUUUGGUAGUUGGUGCAUCAGUAUUACUACUGUCUUUAAAGAUGGGAUCCCCAAAGAAGAAAGACCUUAUUACAUUACUGGAUCCAAAUACAAAAUACCCACUGCCCCUGAUUGAUAAACAGGAAAUCAGCCAUGAUACCAAGAUGUUCCGGUUUGGACUUCCCACGUCAGAUCACAUUUUAGGACUUCCCAUAGGCCAACAUGUUUAUCUCUCUGCCAAAAUCAAUGGCAAUCUAGUGAUUCGGGCCUAUACUCCUGUUUCUAGUGAUGAAGUAAAAGGCCAUGUGGAUCUUGUUAUUAAGGUUUACUACAAAAACGUGCACCCUAAGUUUCCUGAGGGGGGGAAGAUGUCUCAGUACGUGGAUAACAUGAAGAUAGGAGAUACCAUCGAUUUCCGAGGGCCAAACGGGCUCCUGAUUUAUAAUGGACCAGGUAAGCUGGCAAUCAAACCGGAUAAGAAGAGUGAACCUAAGAUGAAGUUCGCCAAGAAUUUGGGAAUGAUUGCUGGUGGGACAGGAAUAACACCAAUGCUACAGCUGAUUCGGCAUAUUACCAAGGAUCCUGAAGAUGGUACAAAGUGCUCCCUUAUCUUUGCUAAUCAGACUGAGGAAGAUAUCCUACUCAGAGCAGAGCUAGAAGAAGUGGUGAAGAACCAUCCAAACCAAUUUAGUCUGUGGUACACUCUGGACAGGCCUCCUAAUGAUUGGAAGUAUAGCUCUGGAUUCAUUAAUGCAGACAUGAUCAAGGAUCAUCUCCCACCACCAGGGGACGAUACCAUCAUUUUGAUGUGUGGUCCUCCUCCAAUGAUCCAGUUUGCCUGUCAACCCAACCUGGAAAAACUGGGCUAUGCUCAAGACAAGACUUUUGCCUACUAACACAUUCCUCUUAUGGUUAGCAAGUGUAUCUUGGUACUUUUUGUAUUAAACUUCAGAAUGUCUUAUUCAAAUGAUCUAGUCAGUUCUAAAAUAGUAUUUUUUUCAAUGUUAAAAUAAGUAGUUUUCAAAAUGAUCUUCUCUGAGAACAAGUUACAACCUCUUUCUGUUCCUGCCUUGUUAUCUUGCCUGAGACUUACGUGUGCUCUUCAAGUGCCUUUGUCAGGGACCAGAGCCUAAGAAGCUGCACCCAGUGGAUUGAGUGGUACACUCUUUAUGUUAGAUCCAAAUGACAAGUGAUGUAGUAAAUUUGCAGAACAGCAUUUGGCGCAUUACUAUAGUGAAAUAAAAUUUA